GCGUUCGAUAUAUUCAUUUUUUUUUUAUAUUUUUGUAAACAUCAUUCCAAAUAAAUUGAAUCAUGUCAAGAAUGGCCGGUUAUGAUUCUCACAACGAUGGUCCAGGAUUUGUUGGUAUAAGAUUUUGUCAAGAAUGUAAUAAUAUGUUAUAUCCUAAAGAAGAUAAAGAAAAUAAAGCACUUAUGUAUGCGUGUCGAACAUGUGACUAUAAACAAUUAGCAGACAGUAAUUGUAUCUAUGUAAAUAAAAUUAUGCACGAAAUUGAUGAAUUAACUCACAUUGUUGCCGAUGUCAUAUCAGAUCCAACAUUACCUAGAACAGAAGAGCAUCCCUGUCCAAAAUGUAAUCAUAGAGAAGCUGUUUUUUUUCAAGCUCAAACACGAAGAGCAGAAGAAGAAAUGAGAUUGUAUUAUGUAUGUACAAAUAAGCACUGCACUCAUCGAUGGACAGAAUAGAUUUUAUUACUAUAAAUUUAACAGAUUAUAAUGUAAUUUCAUUUUUAUAUUUAUUACUUAAUGUGUAAAGUUAAAAAAAAUAAAUUUAUCAAUUUUUCUAUUUAA